GGCCAAUCCUGUUCAACCAGCCAGGUGUUAAAAACAGCAAAACAAAUUUUAAAAUAUCUUGUUUUUUCAUAAUUAUUACUCACUUUCAUCAUUUGUUCUUUACUGGGAGUGAGAAGUUUCAUCAACGCCCAGCCUGAGAAUACUACACCUCCAACAACGGCGCUAUUUACAACUGCCCUCAGUAUUCUGGCAGCCGCCAUCUUUGAUCGCCCUGCACCCCCCGGGAUAUUAAUUUACUGAGUGUAAUAUCAGGGGGUCCCAGACUCAUUAUAUCACUUAUAACCACAACGUCCUGUUGUCCUGUCUCCAAAGCACAGAGUCCAAAGCUUGAAAGUUGUGAAAAUUUUGAUUUAAGAAAUGGCACUUAGCGAAGCGGAGUUAAAAUCAAGCAUACAUGAACCAGAUGUUUCAACAAAAGACUUUAUUAUGCAACAAACAAUGUUGAGAAUCAAAGAUCCAAAAAUUUCUCUUGACUUUUACACUCGUGUGCUUGGAAUGAGGUAGAAAUCAGUUUGCUUUAGCAUUUUGAAUGAUUUUUAACUUUACAUGUAUGAGUAUUGUACUAGUGGGUAGAAAUCUGCAAAAUUUUAAGUCGUUCAUAAAUUUCUGAAAAUCUGCAUUAUCCACCCCCCCCCCCCCCAACCUACCCUAAGAAAUGUGAUACCCCUCCCUACCUCUGCUAUCGUGCACUCCCUUACCCCAAGAAAUGUUAUAUCCCAGUGUUUAUUUUCUUCAGGCUUCUAGGAAAGUAUGAUUUCCCUGGAAUGGAGUUUUCCUUGUACUUUGUUGGAUACGAGAAAGCUGAAGACAUCCCUGACGAGAAAGAUGCAAGAACGAAAUGGUGUUUUUCCAGAAGAGGGACUAUUGAACUCACCCAGUAUGUAUGAAACAUGCAUUAAUUAAGGCCUAUACUGGGUAGAAUAUGGGAGAUUUUCUGGUUGUCCCACAGUGUUAACCCAGUGAGUGCCGGCACUUUUCCUUGACGCUAAUAAAAUUGUCUGAUGCAGGCUUAAAAUAUGAGCUUUCUGGACCCCUUUAAGAAACCACACAACCCCUGAUAUGCACAUCUGUCUCUGCACCUAUUGUUCACUUACUCAUUGUGUCAAACCAACAAACCUUGAUGUGCGUGUAGUUGACACAAUCAAAGUAGUGAUUAUUUUGUAUGUUUUGCAGCAAUUGGGGAACAGAAAAUGAUGCAAACUUCAACUACCACAAUGGCAACAGUGAGCCAAAAGGAUUUGGUCAGUUCUGUUACAAUGUAUAUACAUUAGACUAAUAUUAGUGUCAGAAAACAUAUGGUAUGACAUUGCCUUAGAUACGAACCCAACAUACCGUUUCUUUCUAGGCCACAUUGGCAUAGAAGUACCUGAUGUUGACAAAGCUUGUGAAAGAUUUGAAAAGCUUGGAGUCAAGUUUGUGAAGAAACCAAAUGAUGGUACGAGUUUUUUCUUCAUUGUACAAAUGCAUGUCGAAACCUUGCUAAUUUUGGUGAAAUUGUAAUCAAACAACUACAUUCUCACAUCUCAUGCCCUCACAGACGUAAAAGUUGCAUGUGUUGGCCACACCCUGCCUUUUAUUGCAUGCUAACAAAAAAUCUAUUGUACAAUUGUUUCCAGGAAAAAUGAAAGGUUUGGCUUUUAUUCAAGAUCCGGAUGGCUACUGGAUUGAAGUAUUAAAUUCUGACAAUCUCAUUAAGAUUACUAAAUGAAGAUAAUUAAAAUAUGAAGGUAUUGAUUAGAAAUUCUGAAAUGUACAAGGUAGGACAAAUAAAUUUUAUUAUCUGAACCAGCUGUUUUAAUGAAAGCAGCAAAAUCAAAGUUCAUUGUGAUCUACUGGGCUCUGAUUGUUACAUACUUUAGA